AUGACGCAAAUGCUUUUGCUCGUAGCGCCGGUAUUUCUAGCCUGGAAUUGCGUGUAUGGAGAAGAAUAUCAUCGUCAUACGAACAACUGGGCGGUCAUUGUUGACACCUCUCGCUUUUGGAGCAACUAUCGGCACGUGGCUAAUGCGUUAUCACUUUAUCACUCUGUUAAGCGCCUUGGUAUUCCCGAUAGUCAGAUUAUCCUGAUGCUAGCAGAUCAAAUGCCAUGCAACGCUCGCAACUGCUUUCCAGGCCAAGUAUUCAACAGCCAAGCACAGAAGAUUAAUUUAUACGGAAAGAAUGUCGAAGUGGACUAUCGCGGCUUAGAAGUCUCUGUUGCCAAUUUCAUCACGGUGCUUACAGGUCGCCACGAACCCGGGACGCCAGCAUCGAAGAAGCUUGAUACGGACGAGAACAGCAAUAUUUUCCUUUAUAUGUCAGGACAUGGCGGUGACGGCUUCCUGAAAUUCCAGGAUUUUGAGGAAAUAUCUAGCCAAGACCUUGCCGAUUCUAUUCAGGAAAUGCACGUCAAGAAACGCUACAACGAAAUUUUCUUCAUGGUCGACACAUGCCAAGCGGGUUCGCUGUCCAAUGCUCUCGAAUCUCCUAAGGUUGUGACUAUUGGCAGCUCAAAGACGGGCGAAAAUUCGUACGCGCACCACUCCGACUUCGAGUUAGGACUUUCUGUCAUUGAUCGCUUUACCUUUUCGACACUAGACUACUUGCAACGCAUGAAGGUCGGUGAUUCCAUUCACAAUGGAACGCUCCUUGACCUUUUCAAUUUUUACGAUCCAAAGAUGCUAUUGUCGACGCCUGAUUAUCGAACCGAUAUCUUGGGUCGCUCGAUUGAUGAAGUACUCAUCACGGACUUUCUCGGCUCGAUACUGGACGUGCACCUUCAUUUUGAUGAUGAAGCGUAUCCGAUUGAGGCUACUGCUGUCACCCCCGUUUCCAGAUCAGAGGCUACCGCGACAACGAAUCGAAACGACUCUCAUGGUAUGCUGGGCCCGCCUGCUGCAGGCGCACGAAAGUUUGGGUUUACCAACGAGUUUCUGGCUGUAUCUACUGCAGUCGCGGUUGGUAUCAUGUUCGUGAUCAUGAAAUCGAUCUAA